AUUAAUAAAGAGUUUAUAUGUCUCCCUUGUGAACCUUGGCCUUGAGACAAUCAGCUGGCCUGGGCGAGGUGGGGCAAGAGAGGGAGAACAAGCUUUUUUCCUUGAUAGGCGACAGUCACUGAGGGACGUACAUGCAGAGAGAAGCAGAGGAGGCAAAUAAAGGUUAAAAAUGGCUUUCCUGUCCAUACCAACUGCCAUCUUGCUGCUGCUGUUUUGGGUGGCACUGAAGGCUAUUAAGCAUUUCCUAAAGAAGUCUUCUCCAAACCCAUUCCAAGAAGUUGUGAAGGAUGAAGUAAAGCCUAAGGUUAUAGACCAGAAGAAGAGAGAUGCGGUCUUGAAACAAGGGUUCACAGAAGAGAAAGUCCCCUCAAACUUGGAUGCCAUUGUGAUUGGUAGUGGGAUUGGUGGCCUGUCUACUGCUGCCCUGCUUGCCAAGGCUGGGAAGAGAGUCCUGGUGCUGGAGCAACAUGAUCAGGCUGGUGGGUGCUGUCACACAUACAUAGAGAAGGGAUAUGAAUUUGACGUUGGGAUCCACUACAUCGGAGAUAUGAACACCCAGUCCCUCUCCAAGACAUACGUUGACCAGAUCACUAAUGGGCAGCUGGAGUGGGAACCUUUGGAGGAGGCUUAUGACCAAGUAGUUUUUGCUGAGAAGGAUAAGGAACCUCGCAAAUAUGAUGUGUUGAGUGGCGAUGGUAAGUGGGAAGAAUACCUCAUUGGAAGGUUCCCAGAGGAAGCAGACAACAUCAGGAGAUUCUUUCAGUUGGUGGAAGAUGUUCAUAAAGGAAAUCAGAAGUCCAUGAUUGUGAAAAUCUUACCCCUUUGGAUUGUAUGGCUGCUGAAGGUGACAGGACUCAUCAACUACUUUACGAAUUUCUACAAAUGGAAUGACAAAACAUGCAAGGAAGUUGUUGGGGAAAUAACCAAGAAUCAGGAACUGCGAGACAUAUUUUGCUACUGUUUUGGUGACUAUGGGACGCCACCAAGCAAAUCUGGCUUUCCCAUGCAAACUCUUCUCAUCUCUCACUUCAAGACAGGAGCUGCGUAUCCAGUGGGAGGAGCCUCAGAGAUUGCCUUCCAUAUCAUUCCUGUGAUUGAGGCAGCUGGCGGGAAGGUGCUUGUUCGGGCAGAGGUCAGCAAAAUCAUAACUGACGUUGCCGGCCGAGCUUGUGGCGUAGAGGUGAAGAAAGGGAGUGAGGAACUGGCAGUGAUGGCCCCCGUCAUUAUCUCAGAUGCAGGUCUGUACAACACUCUGCAGCGUCUCCUGCCAAAAGACAUUGCUGGCUGCUCCCGCCUGUGGGAUGUUGUGAAGACUACUGAACAUGGCCCUGGCUGCCUCUCAGUGUUUGUUGGUUUGGACUGUGAUGAGGAGGAGCUUCAGAUCCUGUCCAAGAGGAAUGCUUGGGUGUACACUGGAAAUGAUAUUGACAAGCUGACUCUGGACUACAUGAACCUGAGUAGAGAGGAGGCAAUGGAUGCUGACAUUCCGCUCCUCUUCAUUUCCUUCCCUUCCACCAAAGAUCCUGAGUGGAAGAAAAGAUAUCCAGGGAAGACGACCAUGGCUAUCGUGACCCUGAUGCCCUACGAGUGGGUUGCUGAGUGGAACAACAAUCGCGUCAAGAAGCGAGGAGAUGAGUAUGACUCAAUCAAGAAGACGUUUGGCCACAAAGCAGUAGAACAAGCCUGCAAUAUCUUCCCAUCCAUCAAGGACCAUGUUGACUAUGUGAGUGUGGGCACACCCGUCUCUAACAACUAUUACCUCGGAGCACCGCGUGGAGAGAUCUACGGCCUUGACCACACACGGGAGAGGUUCUCCGUCUGGAACAAUGCCAUUCUUAGAGCCAAGACAGACAUUCCAGGACUGUACCUGACGGGCCAGGAUGUGUGUUCCUGUGGGUUCAUGGGAGCGCUGUAUGGCGGCCUCUUCGGUGCCUGGGCUGUCCUGGAACGCAAUCUGAUGACAGACCUCAUCAAGAUCCACAAAGCCACUAAGCAAGCUGCCAAAAAGGAUGAGUGAGGGGUUGUGGUUCAGCAGCAAAUCUAUAUCUUUUGAUUGCUGAAAUGAAAGUAGUGUUUAGGUAACAUACACACAAAUUUUUUUUAUUGUUGUGUGAAUUUUCUGCAUUCAUUAAUAAUUUUUCCAUUAUCUGUGAUAUAAUAUAAUAAAAUUUCAGUAUCUUCAGUAUCUGCAAGAGUUAAGUUAUUAAUAAUAAGUUUAAGAGCAAUCGUUUUAUGAUGACAUGUUUUUAAAGAACAAAGGUACUCUGCAAGUAACCCCUUGCAUGUGUUUUGAAUCAGGGAUUGGCUUGAGCCUGAAAUUUUCCCAAAAACACGUAGUGCACAACUAUCAUAUUAGAAACAAAUUAGUACAACUUUGGUGCCUAUGUAUAUACUUGUAAGACCUUGUGUGAUGUAUUUGGUUUGAAGAAUCAUGUCAGUGUAUCACCUUUAAUCUAUUCAUUGUAGAUGAGUAACAGUGUUUUUCUUAUGACGUAAAUCAUUGAGAAAUACUGUGAAUUUGUCUUCCUGUUGGUGAGCACAAAAUACAGAUGCCAAUUAUUUUUUGUUAUUAAGCGAAAUUGGUUGUUUCUUGCAUAGCAAGUUAGAUAUGCAGUAUACUAAGCAUGCAAAAAUAUAUAUCUAUAUCUAUGUACUUUUCAUUAAUAAAUGGAAGGAAGGAAUGGAGAGAGAGGCUUGAAAAUUAAUAUGGAAAAAAAGUAGAUGACUGGAAAAGAAGCAGGAGAAAAGAUUAAAUCGGGAAAAUGUCCAUGUGGAUGCUGUGGGAAGGGAGUAGGUGUAAAUUCAGUCAUGUGCCCAUGUUGCAGGCAGUGGUGCCACCUUAGGUGCUCAGACCUCAGAGAUGUGAGAGUAGUGAAGAAUUUUACAUGCCCAGCUUACUUAGGAGACAGCAAGGACAAGAAACUGAGAGGGAUGAACUAGAGGUGAAUGGAGGAAAGCUGGAUGAGGUAGAACAUUUCUAUUAUUUGGGAAAUGUUCUGGACUGUGGCUAGUCUACUCUCAUGAAUCAUAGCAUCCCUGUAAAGAGCAGAGGAGGGGUGUACCUAGCAUGUAUCAGAUCAGUGAUGUAUGGAGCAGAAACGUGGGCUCUAACUAGAAAAUUGAUGGUAUUGAGAGCAAGUGAUCGCAAAAUGCUGAGGUAUAUGGUGGGGAUCAGGUGGCAAGACAGGGUGUCCAGUGCAGAUGUAGCUAACAGAUGUGGAGUAGAGGACCUGGAAACAGGGCUUAGAAGGGAAAGCCUCUGAUGAUUUGGACAUGUGAAGAGAGCAGGGGAGGAUACAGUGCUGGAAGUUGUGGAGAGAUUAGAGGUAGAGAAUAGAGGUAGAAGGAAGGAGACCAGUUGGUAGAUCCAGGAAAACGUGGAGAAGGUGUAUACAGACAUUGAUGGGAUUGGAUGAGCAUCGGGCAGAAGACAGUUGAAUGGAGGAGAGCCAUAAAGCGUCCAACUGCUCAGGAAGAGUGAAAACUGAUGUUAAACAAAAUGAUGAUGAUGAUGUGCUUUUCAUUAAUACUUAAUUCAAAGCUGUAUGUGAUAUCUGAAAGACUGCAAAAAACAGCCCUCUAAUAUUUAAACCAAAAUGUAGUGUAUUAUGAAAUGGCUUUUUUAAUUAUAGCAGUGCCAUAA